AUGGGUAAGAAAAGAAAUUUAGAUAAUAAAAGAUUAUUUAAAAAUCAAAAUUAUGAAAAAAUUAAAGCUGAAUGUAUAAAAAAAGGAUCAUUAUUUGUAGAUAUUGAAUUUCCACCAACAAAUGGAUCAUUAUUUUUAGAUGAUAAAAAAAAUAGUGAUAUUGUAUGGAAAAGACCAGGUGAAAUAGUUAUGAAUCCUCAAUUAUUUGUUGAAGGUGCUGAACCAAAUGAUGUUACACAAGGAAUAUUAGGAAAUUGUUGGUUUGUUUCUGCAUCAUCAGCAUUAACACAUAAUAAAUAUUUAAUGAAAAAAGUUAUACCAAAUGAAAAUGAUCAAGAAUGGAAAGAAGGAAAUAUAUAUACAGGAUGUUUUAGAUUUUGUUUUUGGCGUUUUGGAGAAUGGCUUGAAGUUGUUAUAGAUGAUUUAUUACCAACAAAAGAUGGUGAAUUAAUAUUUGCACGUUCAAAAUCAACAAAUGAAUUUUGGUCAGCACUUCUUGAAAAAGCUUUUGCAAAAUUAUUUGGAUGUUAUGAAAAUUUAUGUGGUGGACAAUUAGCUGAUGCAUUACUUGAUGUAUCAGGUGGUGUACCAGAAACAAUACGUAUAAAUAAAUUUAUAAAUAAUUCAUCAAUAAAAGGAAGUAAAAUAAAUAAAUUAUUUAAACAUUUACAACGUGAAUUUGAUAAUGGUGCAUUACUUGUUGCUGCAAUUGCAGCUCAAAAUAAAGAAGAAAUAGAAGAAAGUUUAGUAUGUGGAUUAGUUAAAGGACAUGCAUAUGCUGUAACUGCUGUACGUUAUAUUGAUUUAGAUGCUAGAAAUGCUUCAUUUAAAUUUUUUAAUAAAUUUGAAAGAAAAAUGAUGAUACGUCUUCAAAAUCCAUGGGGUGAAAAAGAAUGGAAUGGUUCAUGGUCUGAUGGAUCAGAAGAAUGGAAUCAAGUAACAGAUACACAAAAAAAAGAUUUAGGUAUAACAGUUGAAGAAGAUGGAGAAUUUUGGAUGCCAUUUAAUGAAUUUAUAAAUUAUUUUACAGAUAUAAGUGUAUGUAGAUUAUUUAAUACAUCAAAUCCAGAAUAUUCAGAUCCAUUAUUUAUUGAAACAAGAUUUAUAGAUGAAUGGUCAAAUAAUGGUAGUAAAAGUGGUGGACCUAAUGAUAGAGCUGGUGGUUGUUUAAAUUUUAAAGCAACAUGUUGUUUAAAUCCACAAUAUAUGUUUGAUGUAAUAUCAUGUGAUGAUAAUGAUAUUAUACUUGCAUUAACACAAAAAGAUGAAAAUGAAGGAUUAAAAGAACGUGAAUCAUUUAUAACAAUUGGUAUAUAUGUUAUGCGGGUAGAAAUAAAUAGAGAAUGUCGUAUACAUCAACCAUUAGAAGUUAUAGGAACAUCAGAUUAUACACCAUCAAGAAGUACAUAUCUUCAUUUACAAAAUCUCAAAAAAGGUAGAUAUAUAAUAAUACCAUCAACAUAUGCACCAAAAGAAACAGGAAAAUAUUUAUUAAGAAUUUUUACAAAAGGUUGUAGUAAAAUUCGUUGUCUUAAUAAUCAUAUAUAUUAUCCAUCUAAACUUAUAAAAUGUUAUCGUCCAAAAUGUAUUAUUAGAAUAAAUGUUAAAAAUUUUGAAAUUGAAGAAAAAGAAUUUAAUAAUAAUAAUUAUUGUUUAUAUUAUUGUGUUAUAAAAUCAAAUGGUCAACGGGUUAAAUCAAGAAAAUUAACAAAUUCAUUAAAUUUUGAAGAAAAUUUUAUAUUUCAUAGUAUAAUAUGGGAAAAAAAUUUUACUAUACAAUUAUGGAAAGAAGAAAAAAAGAAAAAAUAUAUGAUUGGUGAAAGAAAAUUUACUGAACGUGUUGAAAAUGACAAACAUUCAUAUAAUUUAAAUUUAUUAAAAAAUAUAAAAAAUAAAGAAGAAACAGUGGGGCAAGUUUUUUUAGAAAUAUCAUCAUAUGAUGAUCCAAUGUAUUUAUGA